UUUCUCCCCCAGCUGUGUCUCGUUCCCUUGUUUAGUGUGUAUAUAUCCCUGUCUGUCCCAGUGUGCCUUGUCGGAUCGUCAUUCAUGUUUCACCCAUGGGUCCUUGUGCUUCCCCAUGCUAAGUUGUGUCUUGCCUGAUUCUCGUUACCAUUGUCUCUGACCCAAAACUCUGUAUAAAAAGAAGAGUCAGUGCUGUGUGCUGGCAGUUUGUGAAAGGAACUGCUUGGUAAGAGGUAACAGAGUGAAAAUGGUGGAUUAUACAGUGACUGUAACCACCGGCAAUAUCACCAAUGCCGCAACACUUAACAACAUCUCCAUUAAGCUGGUGGGCACAGAUGGAGAGAGUGAACGCACGUGGCUUUUUGGCUUCAGCGGACCAAUAGCCUUCAUCGCUGGACAAGUGUCCAGUUUUACCGUGUCCUGCCCUCUCUCCAUUGGAAAGCUGAUUCUGAUAGAACUAGACAAAAAGCCUCUCCUACUGUUCCCUGAAGAUAAUUGGUUCCCUGCAAAGGUAGAAGUGAAAUCCCCCGAGGGACACACCUACAACUUUCCCAUCUACCGCUGGAACACAGACAGUGAGGUGCAUCGCUUCAGAGAAGGAACAGCUCUGAGAGUCUUUGAAGACAAACAUCAUCUUGGCAGGUACAGUCGGGAGCAGGAGCUGAAUCAGCGAGAGGAAGACUAUCGCUGGGAUGUGUAUGUAGAGGGUUUACCCCACAUCAUGAAGGCAGAUGAUCCUCUUUCUCUGCCUUGUGAGGUCCGCUUGUCCUUCACCAAGACCACAGAGUUUGGAUUCACUGCACUCUCUGGGCUGGUUGAGUUGAACCUGAAGGGACUCGCUGAUUCGAAGGAGAACUGGACUAAUAUCGAGGACAUCGAUCGGGUGUUCUGUUGCAAGCGAACUCCCAUAUCUGAAUAUGUCGAGGAACAUUGGAAGGACGAUGAUUUCUUUGGCUACCAGUUUCUAAAUGGUGUUAACCCCAUGACGAUCCGAAAGUGUUCAGCUCUGCCCCAAAACUUUCCUGUCACUGAUGAAAUGCUCUUCAUCCGUGGUCAGUGUAGCUUGAAAGAGGAAAUGAAGAAAGGCAACAUAUUCCUGUGUGACUACAAGUAUCUGGAUGGACUGAAAGCAAACACCAUCAAUGGCAAGCAGCAGUACUUGACAGCUCCUCUUGUCCUGCUCCACAAAACACCUGACGACAAGAUGAUGCCAGUUGCUAUUCAGCUGAAGCAGACUCCAGCAGAAGACAAUCCCAUCUUCUUACCUACUGAUUCGGAGUACGACUGGUUGAUGGCCAAGAUCUUUGUGAGAAGUGCAGUGGUCAACGAGUAUCAACUCAAUGUUCACCUGCUGCGCACUCAUCUGCUGGCUGAAGCUUUUGCCGUGUCACUGCUGCGCAACGUGCCCAUGGUGCAUCCACUGUACAAGCUCCUCAUACCUCACACUCGCUACACUCUGCAGAUCAACUUCUUAGCUCGACUUCUUCUUAUAUCGGAGACUGGAGUUUUGACACAGUAUUCAGCUUCUGGUGGCGAGACUAUGUUCACGAUCCUGAAGAGAUCACUGUCCGCAUUGACCUACACCUCCCUCUGCAUACCAGAAGACAUUGCUGAGCGUGGGAUGGAGGAUGUGCCAAACUUCUACUACAGGGAUGAUGCACUCAAGCUUUGGGAUAUCAUCUUUAGGUUUGUGCAGGGAUUGCUCAAGUUCUACUACAAGAAUGACGACGAGGUCAAGCAAGACCCCGAACUGCAGAAGUGGAUUUCGGACAUUUUUGAACAUGGAUUCCUUUCCCAAGAAAGCACAGGAAUUCCACAGAGAUUUUCCACUGUGGCUGAGUUGGUCAAGUUUGUCACCAUGGUGAUCUUCACUUGCUCAGGACAGCACUCAGCUGUGAACACUGGACAGUAUGACUACGGUGGCUGGAUGCCCAACUCUCCCAUGUCCCUGCAACUUCCUCCACCGACCACAAAGGGGAGUGCAAACGAGGCCACGAUGCUGCAGACGUUGCCCGACGUCAGCACAACAGUUCAGAUAAUGUCCCUCGUGUGGCUACUCAGCCGGCAGUCAUCUGACUUCAUCACUAUCGGUCAGUAUCCAGAGGAACAUUUCAGCGAGGAAACUCCCUGUGAGCUGAUAAAGGAUUUCCAAGGAGAGCUUGACGUGUUAAAAGCAGUCAUCAAAGCCAGAAACAGGAAGCUGGAGGUCCCAUACACAUAUUUGGAUCCAGCGGAAGUAGAAAAUAGUGUGGCCAUCUGAAUAUCAGAAGGUGUGAGCUCCUCAGCUGCUGGCCAAAUUAAGCUUCAUAUUAACAACAGUGAGAAAGGGAAGAACUGUUUGUUCUAUGUGAUACUAUAGUGGAAAGAAACUACUGCAUGUGAUCUGUGAUUUAUUCAGCCUGAUUGAGUUAACUAUGGUGGAAAUGUUUUAUAUCAUACUAUAUAUCCUACAAUAUAAAUAACAAAUGUAAAGCUGCUGCAUUGAAUUGUUUUUAUUAAGCAAUGUUGUUUCAUGAACAAAAUGUGAUAAUUAGAACGUUUCUUCCCGUACAAAUAUUUGAGGAACAGCUUGUUUGUUCUCUGACAGUUAAAUUACAGAAUAGUAUAUUUUUUGUGUGCAUACACAGUGCAUAUAGUAUCCAAUUAAUCUCUGAACAUCCCUCUUUAAACACAGUGCCAGAAAAGUUUGAUUUAGCAUAUUGUUUGUAAUCAUACAAAACUUUCUUUAUAUUAUACAAAGUUGGUCUCAUAGUGCAAAGUGUCUGAAUUUCUGCAUGCAAUACUUUUUUAAAUGGUAAUUUUUGAUCAAUACUGUCAUUAUUGUCUAUUGUAAACUGUGACCAAAUUCUCUCAUCAAAAAUCAUCUAUAUCCUACAACAUAAAUAUGAAGUUGCUGCAUUAAGGGUUUUUGUAUUUGAGAAAUGUUGUUUCAUGAACAAAAUGUGACAAUUGACACUUUUCUGCCCUUACAAAUAUUUGAGGAACAGCUUGUUUGUUCUCUGCCAGUUAAAUUACAGAAUAGUAUAUAUUUUAGUUUUUGGUGCAUAAAUAGUGCAUAUAAUAUAACAUGAAUCCCUUAACAUCCCUCCUUAAACAGUGCCAGAAAGGUUUGAUUUAGCAUAAUGAUUAUAAAGUUGGUCUUAAGUGUCAAUUUCUGCAUGUAAAACUUUCUUUAAAUGGUCAUUUUUGAUCACUACUGACAUUAUUGUCGAUUGAAAACUGUUACCAAAUUCUCUCAUCAAAAAUAAAGUUUUGACUAAUUCUACAUUA